AUGGACUCGUACUCAUAUCGCGACGCUUCCGGUCGUUCUCCCCCCGAUCGCGGCUGGAGUGGCCGUGAUGAUCGCGUCAAAGAUGAGUCUCGCGACAGCUUCUACCGUGGUCGUUCACCUGGCCAUGACCGCCCACGACGUAAUCGAUCGCGCUCCCCUCCCCCAGUUGACCGCUACGAGCCUAGAGGACGUGGCCGAGAGGACCACACUGUGCCCCGUGACCGAGAUGACAGGCGACGCAUCAAUUCACCUCCAGCGAACAUUGACCGUUAUGUUCCCGGCCCAGGAGGCCCUCAGCCUCCUCAACCAACUGUGAAUCCGUUGACAGAUCCUGUCAGAUUGCCUUUCCAAGUUGGAUUCUCUUACUUUGGCGAAUGGUGGCGAGCCAAUGAGAAGAUCAAAGAGGAGAAGGAGCGCGCCCGAACUGGUCGGAGACGCGACCCUGAGCGACCUCGUAGAGACACGCAAGAAGAUCGUGAUAAAGAGAAGGCUAGAAUACAAGCUGCCUAUGACGCAUACAAGGAGGAGCUCCAAGCUAAAAUGGCCAGAGCUUUCGUUGCCGAACACAAGAAGGAGCAAUGGUUCCGCGAGCGUUACGUCCCCGAAGUCCGAGAUCCCUUACGCAAGCAGAUGAACGAAUUUCGUCGUGGUGCGUAUAGCCAAUGGGAGCAAGACUUAGAGUCCGGCACAUUCGACGAAUUUUCUCUGGAGGGAAUACCCAAGAGUGAAAGCAACGGGGCCGGUGGAAUUGUAGAAAAGGAAGAGGGCGAGGCCACGGCCGCAAACGAAGUUCUAGGAGUCGGCGAUCUAGUUCCCACAAACGGGAGCGAUCUCCGGGAUGAAAGCUUAUAUCAGCCUACUCUCUUGAUCAAGACGAUUGCUCCUCACGUUAGCCGCCAAAAUCUAGAAACCUUCUGCAAAGAGCAUCUUGGAGAAGAGGAAGGUGGAUUCAAAUGGCUAUCCCUCAGCGAUCCUAAUCCCAGCAAAAGAUACCACCGCAUGGGUUGGGUAAUGCUACAUCCUUCAUCCGAGACAGCAGCACCUGUUGAACGUGCGGAUCCGAAAGACGAAGAGGAAGACGAGAUGAAGGUAGAAUCACCCGUAGCUACCACAACAGCUGACAAGGCCCUUGAGGCUAUUAAUGGUAAGACCGUCAAGGAUGAAGUUCGUGGCGACUUUGUGUGCCAUGUAGGUGUUCACAACCCCCCAAGCAAUCCUCGCAAGAAGGCGUUGUGGGAUCUCUUCUCUGCUCCUGAAAGAAUCGAGAAAGAUCUUGGCCUUGCUCAGCGACUCGUCAAUAAGUUCGAGGAAGAUUUCGGUUCAGAUUUCAAUGCUACACUUAGGAUUGAAGAAAGAGUGGAAACCUUACGCAGCGCUGGAAGUUUACAGCCGGCUAUAUCAUCGCCGACAGCGAAGAGGGUUAAGAAGGAUCGUAAUCUUGACUUUGAUGAGGCAAUGGAUGAUGGUGAAGAAGGAGAAAUGGGCGAAUCUGACGAAGAGGGUGCCAUAGAUGAUGAAGUCGAUGACGAAGACAUUCUGGUAAAGAAGAAGCAGCUCGAUCUUAUGAUUGAGUAUCUUCGCCGAGUCUUCAACUUCUGCUUCUUCUGUGUUUUUGAGAGCGACUCUAUUCACGAAUUGACCCGAAAGUGUCCCGGUGGUCAUCUUCGUCGACCCAGAAGCACACUCUCUUCCGCUGCCAAGAAUGUAGCACGGGCUAGUGCCAGUGGAGAUGCAUUUCCUUCUAAGAAACCUAAGGAAUCGAAGGAAGAGGAGGAAGAAGGCGAGGCGCCUGAGCCUGAUCGCAAAUUCCGUAACGCAUCUUCUAAAUCUGAGCAGCAGCUUGAACGUGCGUAUAAGUGGGUUAAGACGUUCGAAGACAAGAUUAUGCAAAUCCUCGAGCCUGAGUCAGUAGACAUUCGUAAACUCGGUGGUAAGCCUACCGAGGAUGUUCUCAAUGACGAACUCUCCAAAUUUGUCAAACAAGAAGAUGAACACAAAUGGAGAUGUAAAGUUCCUGAGUGCACGAAGCUCUUCAAAGAGGAUCACUUUUGGAAGAAGCACGUGGAGAAGCGCCACGCUGAUUGGCUAGAGGUUAUGAAGCAAGAGUUUGACCUUAUCAACGCAUAUGUUCUUGAUCCUGCUCACAUUGCGCCUUCGAGAACUGAUGCCAAUAGCAACGGCCAUUUCCCGCCCUCCAAUGGUCAAACUCAACAGGGCACUCCUCGCGGAUUUAAUCUCCAGAAUUUCGCCAUGAACAAUAUGGUCCCACAGUUCCCCGGUUUCCCCAGCAUUCCUGGGAUGCCUCCGCUCUUCACGGGUGGUCAUAAUGCCCAAGCCCCCGGGUGGGUUGCGGGAGGCGAGGAACGUGGUGCAGGCCCUAUCCGUCGUGGCGGUGCUAAUUCCGGACGUUUUCAAAACCGUACCGGCCCGUAUGACAGGCGGCAACAGCAGGGACGUUGGGGUCAGGAUGGACAGGGUGCAGGCCGCGGUAGGGGUGGUGCCGGUCGCUGGGGCGAUGGUGCCGCAGGCGGAGCAGCCGUCGGUCCUCGUGAAGCCGUUCAAGGCCGUAGCCUCAAGAGCUACGAAGAUCUCGACCAUGUUGCAGGUGGAGGAGGUGGUGAAUUGAACUACUAA